AUGGAAUCCAACGAGGUCAACUCCUCCUUCUUCCCGCCCCCGCCGCCCCGGCACAAGCACUUCACGAACCACAACUUGGCCCAAGCCCGCCGGCUGGUAUCCAUCACUCCGUCCGAGAGCCUCGCCGCGCCCUUCGACCCGUCCGCACAAGCCCGGAUCCUCGGCCUCGACGAGCAGCAGGACAGUAACGAGGAGCAGAUCGACCUGCGCACCCUCGUCCACCCGCCUAACCUCGACUGGAUCCGCGAGAACGGGGGAUGGACCGCGUUCGGCGACCGCGAGCCCUGGCCUGGAUCCGUCCCGCAGACGAGCCUCGAGGGGAUGCCCAAGCUGUACGACCCCUCCCUCGACCGGAAACAGGCGCUGCAGAGCCUGCUCAACACGCUCAUCCACGCGUACCUCCAACUCCUCUCCGUCCUAUCCACCCAAGGCCCCGUCUCCCUCGCCCCAUCGGAUCCAUCGUCGACGGGGGGAGGGACGGGGACUCAGACGGACCAGAUCGUCUCCCACAUCGAGCUCGCCGCGUUCAACAUCCAUGGUCUCUGUAACGAACUGCGUCCUCGCCAGGCCCGCGAGACGCUCAAACUCAUGCUCCGCCACCAGGCGAACGAUAAACGGACCAAUGCCGCACGCGUUUUGUCCACUUGUGCCGAGCUCAGAGAACAGCUCGCCGCGCUCAAACCCGCGCCCACCGACCUGCUCUCGUCGGGCAACUCGGAGGACGAGGAGGACGGAAAGGGCGGGCAAGACGAGAAAGACGCCAGGCUAGACACUACCCGUCAGCCGUCGGCGCCGGCCCGGUCAUCGGCCGCUCGAUAUGACUACGCCCUCCUCGCCUCGCUCGUCCCUCUGCCUCCGCCUCGUCAAUCCUCUACUUAG